AUGGAAUAUCCAUCCCACCUCCUCAUCUUCCUCACACUACUCCUGUCUCUCUUCACCAUCUCCAUCUCUGCAGCACCCACAACCUUUGCCGAAGUAGAAAAAUCAUGGCAACGAGGACUUUCCGAAAAAGACAUACACGCCGAAAUCGGUCAACAUCCUACACCAUCCUAUCACUCUCGUCUACCGAAAGAGGCUGGUGAUGGCGUAAAAGAGCAAGGGUUCCAGGGUAUGCUUGAUGAGCGCACCAUGGCUGUUCGCCAGAGAAGUUUGCAUGGCGUUAUCGGGGGAAAGAGUUUGUUGGAAAGGCUUCUUGGUCAGAAGAGACCAAAGGCAGAAGAGCAAGGAAGUGACAUUGUAGAGGUUUUGAGGCCGGUGAGGAAUAGACGGUGGCAGUUUUAG